UAUGGAUGUGUCGUAAUGAAGUUAACAUGGCAGAUUUGAAGUUUUCUGCUCGUGCCUACUGUAAAAUGAUACUGCAUGCCGCGAAAUACCCUCAUUGUGCUGUAAAUGGCAUUCUUCUUGCGGAAGAUAUACGAAAUAAGGGAGAGGCUAAGGGGAAAGAAAUUUUCAUAUUAGAUGCAAUUCCUCUGUUUCACUUGUGUUUACAUGUGACCCCAAUGGCAGAAGUGGCGUUAACACAGAUUGACCACUGGGCCUCAUCUGUGGGACUUCACAUAGUUGGUUAUUACUUAGCGAACGAAGACAUCAGAGAUCUGAGCUUUGAGAGGUGUAAUCGAAUUGCGGAAAAAGUAGCGGAUAAUUUCAGCUCUGCCUGUAUGGUGGUCAUUGACAACAGGAACCUGACUUUAAAUAUGGAAAACUCUGCUUUGUGCGUGUCACAGAUGGUUGAUGGAAAGUGGAAAUCCAAAGACAAGUCUAGCAUCUCGCUGGCCCGGAGCUGCUUGGACGUGGCAGCGGACCUGGUCCAGCAGUGUGCCUACGAGGCUCUGGCCGACUUCGACAACCACCUGGACGACGUGGCCCGGGACUGGCGCAACCCGGCGCUCAACCGGAGGGUGGACGAGCAGGCGGGCGCGGCCGACUAGCAGCGGGCGGCCCGGUCAACGCCGACUCCUGCUGCUGUCACGUGGAACUGAUCGAUCGGAAUGCUUGAAUGAAUUAUGGUCGAACUGUAAUGUUACCAUUGCUGUGGGGCGUGCUUGGAUCAUCGGUUGUUUGUUCGUGAAUGUGCAUCUUGAUGCGACUGGCUUUUUUUAAAUUUACGUAUAGAGGUUUGCCUGAUUUAGCUGAUUUGUUAAUAAAAAAAAUUGUGUUAUUGGAAAUUAAACAUAAGGAAAUGUUAUGCAAAUGAUGAAUGUUAUUGUAUUCACAUACAAAUAUGAGGUUGAAUAUUGUCGUUAAAGGUGUGAAAGAAUUAUCGAUACAUAAUUUUAUCUCAAAUGUUUUGUAUUCCAAUCAAGACGACCUCCUUGUUAUUUAUAAAAUUGAUAAAUAUUGUAAAUUGAAAUGUAGCUAUGUAUUUACUUCACUGAUAUCACAUCUAGAAAUAUUUUUCAUUAUUCUGUCUUAGGUAACUGCUUUUUUUUUUUUGUCAGACAAAGUUUAGAAACAUUUUGAGUAUUUUUUCAAUUAUAAGGUAUAUCAUACGUAUGUAUUUCAUGAAGAUGCUGUGUGUUAAUUAUCUACUUUUAUUUUUAAUAGGUGUUCAUAGGACUGGGAUCAAAAUGAUAGUAAUAAUGAUGAAAGACAAGAGCAAAUUUCACUGAAAUAAUUUUGCAGUGAAACUGCAGGUAUGUUACAGUGACAUGAAUGAAACAUUCCAGUGAGAUUUAGCAGCAAGAGGCGUAAUAACUUGUUCGGUGUUUUAGAGUGUGAAGUUGCAAACGGAAUGGCACUCAUUGGUACAGUGACAGCAUAUACAAUGUAAGCAUCGUGCUGUAGAGUUUAGCAUGAAAAUAACACUUUCAGGUGUUAAAAAUAGGAGCGUAUGCCAUGAAAACCACUGCUAUUCUGUUUUAAGUACUGGUGACCUGAAAAUUUAAAACUGACAUGAGAUAAAAAAAUUUCUGGGAUAGUGGUGGGUUAUAAUGUGUUAUACUUAUACCUGUUGAAUAGUAAUGAACAUAAAGCAUAUAUUGUUGUAUUUCAUAUUAUGCUGCAGAAGUUAUGGUGGUGUAAACUAACAAGUACACUAUGAAUAAUUUGGUAGUAUUUGGUAUUUGCAUCUUCAUUUAUGUUUAUAUGUUCUGUUAUUUAUAAGGACAGAUUUAUAAACUACACAAGGAACACCAUAACGCAACCACAAGCAACAAAAUUAAUUGUUUACUAAGCACUUAAGAUGACACCAACCAUGUCAAUUAAAAUUGUAAAUCAGGUUUCGUUUGAUGAUUCACGUUUAUCAUGAAAAUGAAAGAAAUCAUUAAUAAUUUAAUUGAAAUAUGUUAUUUUCUUUUACUAUGUAAAAGUUUAACUAGUUAAAAUGUGAUGUAUGUAAUAAAAAGAACUUUGUGGCCUUCAGUGCCUAUAACGUCUGCAUCUUUAAAAGAUUUCAGAACACUUCUUUUCAAAUAUGGAUGUCGGAAAUGCAAACCAACACGCAAGAAGUAAGGUUGUCCGAUGCUUGCGAUGCAUUUUUGUGUCUUGCAUAGUUUAUAAACUGGUAUUUUAAAACCUUUUUAUUGAAUUUUUUUGCAUCUUGCAUAAUAGUUUAUAAACACUGCCUGUUAUGCCUGUAUUCAAGCAAAUGAAGUACAGUAGAACCUCGAUGAUACGUUCCCGUGUCAUACGCCGAUUAAUUUUGGUCCCGCCGAAAGUACCAUAUUUACAAUGGUUUACUUUCCCGGAACAUACACUUAUAAAAUCACGAAUUUCCCGUUUCAUACGUUUUUACGAAGCGGAAAAGUCCUAAAAUUCACAAAGUUUUUUGUUAUAUUCCUCCUGACAAAAUACGUUUUAAUGCUUUUAUUUUGAAAAACGUUCAUUGUUUACCUUUGCAAACAAGAAAAUAACUUUAUCGCACCAUAUAUAUGGAUAGUAUCAGGAAGACUGUGCACCACGCUACUAGCAUCUAUGGCCAGCACCAAGCGAGACUAGUGGCGCAAACUAGCAAUGAUUAUGAAAAUGGUGAACGCGCUUUACCAAGGCACGGAUCUCAUAUUUUGUGCAUUCAUUAAUCUUUGAACUGAAUAUAGCCGCUUGUUAUUGUUUUCUUACGAUCGGAUUGUUUUGUAUUUUACGUUUCUCAAAUUAAAAUUUUAUUGAAAAUUGUUCUGUUGCAUAAAGUUGUUUGUAAAAUGAAACAAAGAAGCAAAAAUUUCUGAUUUUCUUUUUACAAUAGCCUAAUUUUUUUUAUUUCUAAUUUAGGCUUGGUGACCUUCCCCCCCCCCCCCCCCCCCCACAAGGAAAGGAAUGCUUUACUUGAUUAUGGACUGUAUUUUACAUUUCUGGUGGUUUUAUUAUAUGUAUAUAUAAUGCUGAAUUCAUAUCUUUCAUUAAUAUAAUGCAAUUAUUUACACAUUAUGUAUUUAAGUUUAAUCUGACAUUGUGCUGGUAUGCUAGAUUGAAAAAAAAAUUUAUUAUUGCCAUUCCCUUUUCAUACACUUUCCCGCAUCAUACACCAUUUUUGUGCCCUCCGUUGAAAAGUGUAUGACAGGGGUUCUACUGUAGUACGUAUUUAAUAUAUUUUCCUGUGUACAAGUAAUUAAUUUCAUCAUACAUGGGUGUCCAGUUUUUGUUCGGAGAGAUUGCUUGAGAAAAUGAGCAAAUAUGUCAGUAAUUCAGUUAUGACAAAAUAAUUGACUGACAGUUUAAUACGUAUUAAUAUUAGUGAUAACCUGAUAAAUGAAUUUAACAGUUUAAGAAGUAAAAUAAUAUUAUGCUGUGGUGGGUGAAAGGGUAUAAUUAUUCAUGUCCGGUUUUAAAAUAUAUAUACAGUAAACUCCCGGUAUACCGCGCCCCGAUAGAUCGCGGGUCAAACCAUGUCCCCCAAUCAGAAAUGAAUAAUAAUAAUAAUAACACGGUAGAACCUCGUUAAUUCGUGAUGGUCGGGACCGAGAUAAUCACGGAUUACCGAAUUUCACGGACUAGCGAUUAAAAGCCCGGAAGGUCUUGUUAAGCUUCUCAGACACCGGCGUGCAGCUGGGUUAAGGCCAAGAUCAUGUGACGUAACAUCUACCGAGGCUUACUGCGUCUUGGCAGCAGAUGGAUAAAAAAUAGUAAACUCACCAUUAUUCGUGUUAAUUGGGACCCGCCGAUGCCCGGAUGAUUAAAAUCCUGUAAAAAAAAAAGUAAUAAACCCGGAUAAUCCGUUCACGUUAAGGACCGUCUUCGAAUUAGUUUCGGCUUAAAAAAAUAGGGCACUGCCUAGCCAUUAGUUCACGGUCAUUUACAACAGCCGAAGAGAGAAAGAUAAGAUCGAUCGUGCUGAACUUGCACACAUAAAUUUUGGGUAGCGCUUUCCCCCCCCCCCCCAAUCACACUUCGUCCAGCCGAAUGCCAGCCAGACACGUCACUCGCCAGGCGCCUGCCGUGCGUUGGCGGGUGGAAACAAACAAAGGGAGACGGGAAGCAGAAGUCAGGACAUCCCCCUCAAGUUUAAAGAGUGACAAAUGUGACAGCUGAAAGGGGGGCGACACAAAGGGUCGGUACAAACAGCGAGUUUGGCGGCCCACGCGAUGGCUUGUAGUGUUUGCCGGCCGCCGGCCCGCGUGACGUUAACAAUUUUUACUUCUCUUUUUUUUCCUGCACUUUUAAAUUGUCCCGGAUUAUCCGAUUCCCGAAUUAGCGCGUCACGGAUUAACGAGUUUCUACUGUAAUAAUAAUGGAAUAAAUGGUUGACAGCCGAUUAGGAUAAUUUUGUGUUGUAACUCACAAACUAAGCAUCGGGCAGAAAAAAGCCUAGGCGUAGAAAAUGUCCGCAGUGAAAUUCUAAACAAGAUAUCUCCGUACAUUAUUCUUCUAUCUUGUAGUGUUUUCAAAUUAUGGUCCAAUCCAGCCCAGUGUUAUUUUCUGAAACACUAGUUAUUAACAUUUUUUUUAACCCACAAAUAAAGCAUCGGACAGGGGAACCGAUAAAGACCACCGUCCAGCGACAUGAUCCAGCGUGACUCGGCUGGGGAUUGAUUUUGGAUAGGUUUGGUUGACGUCAAGCGCUGGGAGGGGAGAGGCGAGCCGAGAAUAUGCGACCAAGACACCCGGGUAGACGGGAGGAGUGGAAUAUAAGCGCCAGUGAUGAGAGGGGCGAUUAAGCCGAAAGGGGGGAAGUCUGGUGACUGGUUCACUCAUUUACGUCUGCACACUUCUCAUGGUCACGUGUGUUGACAAGCGGAGACAUAUAAAUGUUUUGUUACAACUUGAACGUACAGACGUAAUAUUAUUCGUUGUAUUAUACAGAUUCAUCUUUUUACUUUGGUAUAAUGUUUUAACAUUAAAUAGUAAAGUAAAUCAGCUAGCGUAUUUUUAAUCUUUGCCGAGGAAUUCCGAGUGGUCCAAUACUUACGUGAACCAUCCUGUACCACUUUUGUCGUGAGGUAGUAAACAAGCCCCGGAAAUGUUUAUGUGUAGCGGCCUCCCGACCUUUAACCAGAGGCUGGGGAAUAUAACACUUGCCGAUCCGAGCCACACACACUCAGCAACUCGACACAGCGUUUGAUGGAAUAAGUAAAGACAACGUUUAACAGACUUUUUAAUACGGCGCCACUGAUUGCGCUAAAAUUAUUUUGGCGCAAUUUUUGUAUCCCUCAUGUGACCAUUUAUAAUUUACUGUAAGCAUGGAUAACAAAGUUUAACCACUUUACACGAUAGACGAUUCUUUAUUUUAUAUUGUACGAAUGCUAGAAUCGUUUUUCACGUAUCUGCUGCAUACUUCUGCAAAAGACACGCUAUCUGUAAGUAUGUACGUAAAUCUAGAAUUUUUAUUUUGUCAAUCAAACUCGGUACUUUGCGAUUAAUAUUCGGUUUGAAGUAUUACUAUGGCCUUUCUAUUUAAAAGACUUUGACCAGAGAAUCGUGUGUAACCGCACACACUGCACUUACUUUGUUACGGACACUCAGACGUAGCAGAUACUGUGGCUGACACCACGAGACUGGCAGCAGCUUGUGUGCCGCAUGUGUGUAUGGCGGCGUGUGGCGCGGUCGUAGGCCGUGCGACAAACUGUGCGUGGCAUGCGGAAAAAUAAAAAAUAAAAUUCAACAUUUAAUAUUUAUCUUUAAAAUUUAUUAUUUUUAUUUUUUCACCCGCGUUUAGUGAAAACUGCGGAUGCAAAGUCCGCACAAAGGCUGUAUACUGUGCGUGCUUGCCGACCUAUUAGAACACAGGCGGUGUUUUAUGCCUUUUGACCUUGGUCACAUCGAAACAUCGCGGUUAUGCAACAAUGCGGGUAAAAGUUAUGUCCCCCGACAACCGCGUUAAAUAGGGAGUGUACUGUAUUUCCAGAAAUUACAAUCUAAAAAAAAAAUCAUUUUUUAUUCUUAUUUUGCCAGACCACAGUGCUACUGCAUCCUUAGUGUCGCUUUUUGCAUUUCCACGCAAAUGUUUUUGUUUUAUUUCAAUUACUCACUAAAUUUUACUUUUCGUUGUAAAGUUUUUGCAAGCUAUAUUCUAAGGUUAAAUGCAAUUUUUAAAAAGUCAACGAAAUAUUCUUAAUUAAAAUUUAGCCUGUUAGGUACUUUAGUUUUUAAAACUGCAGAUUUUUUAGUAUUAGGCUUUAUUUGUAUAAAUAUGUUUUGAUUUUGUGAAGAUGGUGCAAUAUUGAACAUAAGUAUUAAUUUUUUCUUUUUUUUUCAGUGAAAUAGUGUCAUUUUAAUAGAGCUACUUACUGUACACAUUUUGCUUUAAUCAAAAAUAAAUCUGAAAAAUUUGUGUGUUUCAAGUACAUAUCAGAAGCUGUAUAAGGUUAAAAAGUAUUAUCAAUUGGGAAACAAUUAAUUUUUACUUUACACUUGGCUUGAAUACUGUGUUACUAAAUGCAUACAAAAAUAAUAAAUUCCAAAAAAAUUAUUUUAAAAAAAAACCUUUCUUAUAUUUCAGUUUAAUUGUGUUUAAAUUUGGUUAUAUUUCAUGAAUUGGCUGGUUUUUUGAUGCUGAAUGGUGCAUUAACUUGCAUUUAGAUAUUAUAUGGUGUAUUGAGACAGAUUUCUAUGUUGUUUGGUUUUAUCACAAUUUAGAAUUCACCAUACAAUCUUGUCCCUAUUGGCUAUUAGCAUUGUGGCCACUCAGGUCAGUUUCUGUUCCACACCGGGUAAUGCCUACUUCUGAAGGGCCAUUUUCAAAAUGCUUCUGUUUCAAGCUCUGGAAUUAAGGGGGGCACUUUUUAACCUGAUGUUAUUGUUCAACUAGAUUGAUUUGACCGUGUUUUUGGGAGUUAUUUGAAUCAAAACUUUCUGUGGCCCCUUUUUCUCGUGCUUGUAUAAUUUAAAGAAUUAUGUGUUCUGUAGUUUUAAUUGGUUUCCAUUGCAUCCUGUACAAACUUUUGCCCUAGUUCUGCUAAAAUUAAGAAAUAGAGUGAUGCAUCGUUCAAGUUAAGAUAAUGUUAGAACAACAGGCUGUGGUGAGAUUUUGAACCAUAUGUGAACUCAUUUCCCUUGAUUUAUUUUGUAAAUUAAACAAAUUUUUGUCUAAAUAUGGAGUAUUUAAUUUGAUUUUUCCAUAUGAUUGGAUUUCACAUCUAGAAACAAGAUGAAAAAUUUUGGGGAACCGAAUUUGUAUCUAUUAACACCAACUACUUAGAAAAAAUUUUGUCUUCAUUCAAAAAACCAAAAAUAUGAUUAUUUUACUUGUAUUUUUUGCUUAUUUUUAGAUUGAACUUAAAUUAAUAUAAUUAAAGUCCAAAAUAAGUAUAUAUUUUGUUUUGUAUGGAUUAAAUCAUUACAUAAGUAUUUAAGUGAGUGUCAUCAUAAGGCAUAAUGGAUUUCCUCAGUAAAAUAGUGAUUUAGGUGCUUAGUACAUAUUUGGAAAGCAUAAAUCAUUGUUAAAAUUAAAUGCUAACAGCAGUGAGAGUUAUAAAUAUGUAAGUGCAGUAUACUCUCAAUUGUCUGGGCUCGGAUUAUGCGGUUUCCGGAUUAUCUGUGCUUUAAUUAAGAGUUUAACUAUUAGUUUGUUAUGUUCUGAAACAUUCCGGUGCGUUUCUUCAAUUGCUAUAGCUAUUAUGUCACCGUGUCGUCCACCCUCUCAGUUGUCAUGUUUGUCACACUGUAUACCCCAGGGGCAUAUAGCUCAGUGCUGUGACUGGCUGGCAUAACCUAGCCAGAAUUUGUUACUGUGGACAAUCUUACCUUGAGCAGUGGUGAAUUAACAUCUGCUGUUGUAAAAGCAAUCUUCGCACGUCUUAACACGACAGGUUUUCACGAUGCAACUGUUACCCAUCAAUAUUGUUUUCACGUGCACACUUUUAACUACAACAUUUCAUGACAAACAAUGUAUCCACUGCUCUGCAAGAUGCGUACGUAUUGCAGCAUCCAUCUUCGAUUGAUGGAAAUUUUCCUGUGUUAGGUCGGAAUGGCAAACCUCGAAGAACUGGUGUGUUGAAGUGCGACUUACAUAUUCCUCCAGCCUGGCAUGUGUUUCUCUGUGUGCUAGUUUUAUGAAAGAGCAAGGAAAUAAAAAGAGAGAAUAACUUGCGGUCCCAAUCAACAUGGAUAAUCGAGUUUACUGUUUAAGUUGAUAAACCUGCUGGAUUUCAGUUUCAAAUAGAAUUUUGAGUGGUAGGGAGAUUUUUGUUUUAAAUGUUGAUAUAAAUCAUUUUAUGUUAGUGAAAAAUUGCAAAAUUUUAUGUACUUUGUAAUGCAAGUAUUAAUCCAGAAACCAGUUUGGUUCGUGUGUAACCAUAAGGCAAGAAAGCCAGUCGAUUUUGCAAACUGUCGCAACAUUAAUAAUGUAACAUUAGGUUUUGUACUGUUCAUCGACACAUGUUACUCAUCAGUCAUUCUUUGAAUGUUUCAUUAAGUUUCCAUUAGUCAAUUGGCUAUCUGUAUUAACAUUCCCUGGACAUUCUGUGUACUGUGACAUUUUGUGACUCACCUCACAUACCAUUUCUGUAGUUUGUGUUGUUUGCCUGAGGUUUUACAUAAAAUGCUACCAAAUUAAAAUCAUUUGGUCUAAAAAAAAUGAAGUGCUACUAUAAAGUUUUGUUAGUUUGCGAAGUGUAAUCCUAGUUACACCUCUGCUUCCAAAACUUACAAAUUGAGUUAAAUUGGAGCAAUUGAGGGGGGCUUGUGAUAAUGCAGGACGGAAUUGCAUUGCUUUUGUCAAGUACCUAUCUCGUUUUUAAAUAAGAAAAGUUAUUAAUUUAAAAAAGUUCUGUGUAUUUUAUAAAUAUUAAAAUUAAAUUAUUUCAUACAAUUACUUCAUAAUUUUUAUUGUGUUCCUGCUUGAACAAGGAAGGCAUGAACACCCGACUGAGUAAUGGUGAUACAUGUUUGACCUUAGGGGAAAUAAAGUAUGUAAAAUAUAUUUCCUGUGAGUACCGCAAUGUCAUUCCCUCUCACUAACACUAAACUCUGGGCAGACCUCUUAGCUGCUACAACUAGAAUUACUGUAAUGUAAUGAUGGUUACGAAACAAACAGUAAGGUGAAGCUUAGCUGAACAGAUUUAACAUUCAAAGAUAACUUUUGGCGUCACCGGUAUGAUAAGUUACUGUGCUUUGAUUGUAAUGUUUACAGUUCAGUAUGGUCUUGCGUAUUUGAUUUUAGUGAAAAAGAGGAUCUCUUAAAGUACAUCAUUGAUAUUUCGCUAGGAAGAAUAGUUUGUAUAUUUCACCAUAGGUAUUUAUGUGAUGGGUAAAAGUGUUACAAAUGAUUGAAGAUUAAAUCUGUACCUCAACUAGAUAAACUUAAGGCCAAUUUUCGUCAAUUUUGUUUGAUUGCUAAGUAUGUCUUAAAAUUUUUGUUUUCUAUUAAACAGUGAUAUAAAAUAACACCAUAAAAAAUUUUUCUUAAGCGUUUAGAGUGUUAGAAAGCCUCAUUCCAAAUUUGGUUAAGUCAGACAGUGUGACGUAAAUGUGGCUGUUGGGAGAAGUCCCUCAUUUCCAAAGAAAGUAUAAGUUUCUUCUUGCCAGUCACAUGGUUAUUCAAGGUGGGGUUUUAUUUCUUGUACAAUUGCCGGUUUUGUUCUGAGGUGCAGAUAUUUUGGCCUCACAUUUGUGGUGACAUGCUGAAUAUAUGAUGUGUAGGAUGUUAUAGCUCACAAAUCUGUGAUUAUCAUAGAGAUGAUAUAAUAUUAUUUAUUUCUCUGAGUGUCAACCAAACAGUGAUUGGGGCUAGGGGGGAAAAAAAAUGUUUACACGGAAUAUAAAUACUUAUUUAGAUGUAAAAUGAGAUGGUGUUGCAGGUUUGCCCAAGAAUGACCCGGAUGUGCAAAGAUGGGACAGAAAAGUUCGAUACUUUUUUUUUUUCACUUUACUCUCUUAGCUACAUUUUCUAUAAUUUUCCAUUAAAUUAGAUGCCAGUUUAUUUUAAAAAAUAUUUUCUUUACAGGAGUGUAUUGUAAAUGUGGAACCUCUGGUAGCUGUUGUGACUCAGUCUGCCUCAAGCUUGUAGUGCUUAGUUGUACAAGAAAGAAAGUUGAAAUUGCCACAAAUUAUACAAUGAUUGAUUUGACCAAAACUGAAAAGCUACAAAAUUCUGUGGAAUUACUUGUUGGAACUUCGUAUGCAAGUAAAAAAAAAAAUUGUAUUCUACCUAUGUGUGCGGAGAUAUUGUUUAGUGCGUAUUUAAGUAGAAUAAUAAUAUAAGAUUAAAUAUUUAAGAUUUAUGAGGUUGUUGUUGUUGCCACUCUUUAUGGCUGUUACUUGAAUAUUGUGAUUGCAAGGAAUAUAAAAUUCAUGUGUGAUAUAGGAAAUAAAUUUACAUAUACAAACAAAAAACUUUUCUUCAAAAAUAGUUCUUUAUUUUGUAGAAAAUUUUAAUGUAUGUUACAAAAUCCUCACACUUUUAACUCUUUAGUUUUGUGUAAUGCAAAUUUUUGAACGUGAGAAGUAAGCUUGUGAUUGAUUUUAACAGUCUUGAUUUAGUCAGCUUGAAACAAGCUGUACCGAUCAGAGAACAUACACUUAAAGAUGAGGUACUUGUUAAGAGGUUCCACUGUUCACGGAUCAUGUAGUCGAAUUGUAAUUGAUACCACCAUUAAGGCUCUGCCACAUAUAGACAGUGACUAGAGACAAGAUUACUGUGUUUUAUCGCAUAAUUGCUGCACCAUUGGGUUCAGAGGUCUAUGUUUAGGAGUUUCCCAUAUAAAACGAUGUAUUUUAAAGUAUAAAUCUAAUAUUCAUUCGGAUAUUACCGGUUACUUAUUUAAUUAUCAGAAAUACGAAGUCAUCUGACGUGUAAAUUUUCUUUUAAACAUGUUUUAAAAAGUUAUAACCUUUAUCUGUUCAUCUUCGUUGCAGUUGUUACUGCUUAUAAAAAUGUAGUCAGCGCUAGUUGUCAUCAUUCAUGUUUGGUUACGUUGCUUUCCGUAUAGAGCGCACACAUGUAAUUGAGUAUCAAUAUUGAUAGCUUGCUGAUUGCAUGCAAUGCACGCACUCCGUGUAGGGUUGAGUAAACUACACUACACUCUUUCGUGGUUAGUGUGUUCUACGACGAUAGUUAUGCAUUAGAUUUGGCUCACUUGCGGGUCAUGGUUUUUGUUUUUCUGUUUAAUGUUGAAUAAAAGGUUUUUGUUGCAUGACUUAUUUAUUUAAAUAUUUGGCAUGCUUUUGUAUACUCUACUUUUUAAAUAAAUGUCCUUUCCAUUAAUAGGUUUUGUUUUUAUGAAUGACUUUACCUAACAAAAAAUGCUUUUUUUUUUUUUUUUUGCAUAAAUGUUGCUCCCCUACUUUUCAAACUUGAUUUUAGUAUAAAAUGUGUGACAUGGUAUAUAUGGUGAAUCUAGAUAAAAACCAAAAUGCUAACACCAAAAAACAUAUCAAAACACUUGAACACUGCAUUUCAAGUUAUAAUCAUGGAAAUAAACAGCAUUUAACCUAAACUUAUUUCAAAAUUAAAAAAAAUAUAUAUAUAAUCUUUUAAUGUUUGAAAUUCAAGGAAUGGUAUUUGCAGACAAAAAAUUGUACCAAAGUGCAUGGAUCAGAAAAAUUAAUUUGAUUUGUUUUAUUGUAUUUCUAUUAAUGAAUCACUUUAAACCACUAAUAGUCACUAAUUUAUUUUUAUGAAUGCAUUUGUUUUAGACCAAUUUAUUACAAAUUAUAUCUCAUAAAAAUGCAGCAUAUAAUUUUUACCACAGUUUUGGUAAAAUAAGAUUUACAUACUUCUUUUAUGAAAAAUAAAAACAAUGACACCAAAAUCUUUUGUUUUAAAAAUGAAAUUGGACUAUAAAAACCUAUCAAAUCUUGUCUCUAACAAGGACAGACUUGAACAAAAAAAAAGUAUAACAUUAUCCUACAAAAUCAUUUUGAUUUUAAAGCAGAACAUGGUAGUGCAUAUGGUUUUACAAGCUUGCUGUUACUUUCUCUUUUUCACUCGUGUGCAUCAAGAUCCAAACUGAUGCUUGGAUGCGUGAUUGGUUGCUUGAGUUGUGCGCUGGUUCUCGGAGGGUAGGUGGUUGUAUUCUCAUUUUCACUUGUCACACACUGAAUCUGUAACGGGACCAUAGCUUAUAGUUUUGCAGCUAGUCGAAGGAAGAAAGUUCAUCCAAGUUUCUUCUACUGAAGUUUUCAUUGAUUUAUGUUGUAACUGUGUUGUAAGAUUGUAUGGUAGUAAAACAUAUUUUUUUUUUUUUGCCUUUUAAAGUAUUGCCUUUGUUUCAAUGUGUUGUUUAUGUAUUUAUACUGGUAAGGUAUGACAAAUGAAAUGUUGUAUUAUAUUACUGAUAUGCCAAAAGAACAAUCAGGUUGUUCCAUUAUUAUAUAGAGUAUUUGUUAUUUGUGAAGUUAAAUAAUGUGUGUUUAUUUAACAGGACACUAUAUGCUGUAAAGUAGUGUAUAUACACUGUACAUCAAAUGCGUGGUUAUCUGUACUUUUCAGGUUUUAGAAGUAAUUUGAUUGAUUGCAGUGGUAUUUAUUUUGUAUAGAAACAAACCACAUUUACUAAAAAGUACUUUGAAAGAGCAUAUCUCAAAAUAAUUAAUUAAUCAGAAAAUUAUUCAUAAAUUUUUAAUUGUGAAGGAUGAAUAUGACAUUUUGGGUUCAAGUUGUGUUAAUAUCUUCACUGCUUAAGUUUGACUUAUAGCCACACCUUACUGUUGUUCUAGUAAAAUGAUUAAUUAAGGUGAUAAAUGUAUCUAGAGUUUGAUUUUAUUUUGUCUGUGGUGUACAGGAAAGAGAUUUGUUUUAUAAUCAUUUUUAUAUGUCAGAAUGCUGUUGGUAGAUUUUACAUUUGUCACGUUCAGGGUGUCUACUGAUUACGAAAGUAACUCUGAAGUCCCUAAAUAAGUGGCAAUAUUGUUGGAAGCCACAUUUUGUUUUUUGAUGCAUCUCUUCAGUUUAUAUUCCCAUAUUAAAUGUAACUAGUUUGGAGACUUGUCUGCUUAAAUCACGUGAAAAUUAUUUCUGAAAACAUGUAUAUUCCUAAAACUUGUAGGAAAAUUAAUUUUAAAUUAAAUCAUGUUUAAAUUUAGUUGUAUACCUAUAUGUUUAAGAAUUACCCUUUUAUUAAAAACCUUCAGGAAAAUUUUAUUAAAAUUUUCUGAAAAAGUCUUGCAAUUUUUUAGACACCUUGAUAUUCAUUUAAUAUGGUUGUCAUCUCUAGAUAGCAUAAUUAAGAAACAAAAAUUAGCUUUUGCAACACAACAAAUUUGGUCAGAUAGGCCGACAAGUUCACAGUAAUUUAAUUCUGAAUGGAACUCUUCAAAACAAUUUCCACUCAGAAAUAAAAUAUUUAUCCUGUAAAUAAAAUUGAAUUAACCAGUUGUAAUAAUUCAGGAGGUCCAAACUGAAAAAAACUAAAAUGUUCAGGUUCCUAGUGUACCAUUUUUUAUUUUCUCAAGAUUUACUCAUGCUCUUUCUAUAGCUUUUAUACCUUCUCAGUGGUUCAAUAUUCCAUCACGUGUGUUAGAUGAGUUUCCACAUUGUGCUUUGUUGAGUCUCUCUCAUUGUCAGUCCAAGUAUAACACUCCAGUAGCCAUUGUUUUAAUGUGUUUGUAUUUAUUUGUUUGUACUGUUUUGUUUUGGUGGAAGUCUGCUGAAGAUUAAAACAAAUAUACAUUGUUGAGUAUUCA